AUGCGGCAUACCGAAGAAUUGCUACGCUUGGAGGAAUCUCUUGACAGCGAUUCAUCUUUGUCAGACAAUGGAGAACGAACCUCGCAAUGGGCGGAACAACAGUUGAACGCAGCAUCUGAUGAAAGCGAAGAGGAGCGAAUGCUGCAGCGUAGCCGGUCGGCCGAUAUGGAGCAACGAGUGUCUACCAACAACCCGGCCACAGCGUCAGGACAGCAGAGUGAGUAUCUGGCUCAGCCACAACGCGAUGCGCAGGUCCGCGCCAUGGAACAGCAGCCACGCAUCGAGCAGGUUCCCGUUUCGGAGCGGCAGCUGUGCGAGCAGUUUAUCGGCAUGGAUAUGCAGCAGCAGCGGUGUGGUGCGUUCCCCGUCCAGGCGCAAGGCCCUUCGCAGGUUCCCGAUUCCCAGCAGCAGCGGUGUUAUGUGUACCCCGUCCAGGUGCAAGGCCCCGUGCAGGUUCCCGAUUCGCAGCAUCUGCGGUGUGGCGUGUACCCCGUCCAGGUGCAAGGCCCCGUGCAGGUUCCCAAUACGCAGCAGCAGCGGAGUGGUGUGUACCCCGUCCAGGUGCAAGGCCCCGUGCAGGUUCCCGAUACGCAGCAGCAGCGGAGUGGUGUGUACCUCGUCCAGGUGCAAGGCCCCGUGCAGGUUCCUGAUUACCAGCAGCAGCAGUGUGAUGUGUACCCCGUCCAGGUGCAAGGCCCCGUGCAGGUUCCCGAUACGCAGCAGCAGCGGAGUGGUGUGUACCCCGUCCAGGUGCAAGGCCCCGCGUUGGUUCCCGAUUCCCAGCAGCAGCGGUGUGGUGCGUACCCCGUCCAGGUGCAAGGCUCCAUGCAGGUUCCCGAUACGCAGCAGCAGCGGAGUGGUGUGUACCCCGUCCAGGUUCCCGAUUCACAACAGCAGUGGUGUGGCGUGUACCCCGUCCAGGUGCAAGGCCCCGUGCGGGUUCCUGAUUACCAGCAGCAGCGGUGUGAUGUGUACCCCGUCCAGGUGCAAGGCCCCGUGCAGGUUCUUGAUUCGCAGCAGCAGCGGAGUGGUGUGUACCCCGUCCAGGUGCUAGGCCCCGUGCAGGUUCCCGAUACGCAGCAGCAGCGGUGUGGCGUGUAUCCCGUCCAGGUGCAAGGCCCCAUGCAGAUUCCCGAUUAUCAGCAGAAGCGACGUGGUGUGUACCCCACCCAGGUACACACCCAAGAGAAUGUUCCUAUGUUGGAGGAGCAUAAUUGUAGCCCGUACCCCGUCCAGGCUGGAGCUACAAGCCGCAGUCAUUGGGGCAAGGCUGGCCAGUACUAUCGCAAGAGAUCAUCGGCUGGAGAUCAAACGAACUAUCUUCUGGACUGA